GGCGCCGCCCCGAGGAGGAGCCAGGCCCGGCCCGGCCCCACGCCCCGCCACCGAGGCCUGCAGCGCCGGGGAGGAAGAAGGCGGCGGCACCCGGGGGCUCCGGGGGAGGCGAGCAGGCAAGUGGGGGCUGCUCUGGAUGCAAAUUGUUGCUGCUGCUGCUGCCCUGGGUCCUCUUUUCCCAGGACACGCCCACCACCAUCAUAUUAUUAUUAUUAUUAUUAUUAUUAGUAUUAUUAUUAUUAUUGCUAUUGCUCUUUUGUCUUGCCCAAGGCAGCCCAAAGCGACUUGCAUCUUGCAAAGCGACCUGCGUUCAGAAACGUCUUUUAUGCAAGUUGUUGUUGUUUCUGCUGUUGCUGCUGCUAUAUGUCCUCUUUUCCCAGGACACGUCCACCACCGUUAUUAUUAUUAUUAUUAUUAUUAUUGCUAUUGCUAUUUUGUCUUGCCCAAGGCAGCCCAAAGCGACUUGCAUCUUGCAAAGCGACCUGCGUUCAGAAACAUUGUUUAUGCAAAUUGUUGUUGUUGUUUAUGCAAAUUGUUGUUGUUGUUCCUGCUGCUACUGCUAUAAGUCCUAUUUUUCCAGGACAUGUGCACCACCUUCUUCUUCUUCUUCUUCUUCUUCUUCUUCUUCUUCUUCUUCUUCUUAUUAUUAUUAUUUCUAUUUUGUCUUGCCCAAGGCAGCCCAAAGCGACCUGCAUCUUGCAAAGUGACCUGGGUUCAGAAACGUCGUUUAUGCAAAUUGUUGUUGUUGUUUAUGUAAGUUGCUGCUGUUGCUGCUGCUGUGUCCUCUUUUCCCAGGACAUGUCCACCACCACCAUCAUAUUAUUAUUGCUAUUGCUAUUUUGUCUUGCCCAAGGCAGCCCAAAGCGACUUGCAUCUUGCAAAGCGACAUGCAUUCAGAAACGUCGUUGUUUGCUGUUACCAGUCUGUCUGCAUUUCAGUGCCGGGUUUACGUAUAAGCUAAAAAACAAGCUGUAGCAAAUGGCUUUAGAUACCUAUUAGGUCCAUAAAUUACCAUAUAGCAUAUAUUCAACACAAAAAAACAGCGGCAAUUUGUUGUUGGCAAAGGACAGCUGGAUAUAUAAAGGGUCCUGUUACCUUCAGUAGCUUAGGGCCGCAUCAAACCUAAAUCCGGCCCUGGUCUGCGUGGCAUGGUGGAGCUGGGAGGGACCACGAGAGUCAGUCUAGUCCAGCCCCUUUCAGGGCAGCAGGGAUCCUUUGCCUGGAGUCAUAUAGGAUGGUAGAAUUGGAAGGGACCCAAAGGGUAAAUCCAUACCUAGCAAAUUGCAACUAGUUCCCUUUGAGACCGGUGAGAUUAAGUCAUUGCAAGCGUCCCCCACACAUGGGCCAAGGGGAGGGGGCAGGGAAAGGCAGCUGUCCCCCCAUAAACAAAAUCAAUAAAAAUACAUAGAAAACUGUGGUUCUGCCCCCCCCCCAACAAAAAUCCUGGCUAUGCCCAUGGCGCCACUGAUGUCAUUGGGCCUAAAUUUUAAUCUGGAUCUAGUCAACGUAGGAAACCUCAGUUCAGCUGCGAAAAGUACUGUUUUGUGGCAUAUUAAAGACUACCAGUUGUUAUAUUGUCGCACAGACCUGUUCUAAGCAUUUAGCGAGACAACCUAUGAAUUUUUUGAAUCCUUGAAACGAGUUAUACAAAUGCUGAGGAUCAUUAUUAUUGCGUUUUAUAUCCCUUAAUAGAUCGUCUUUAUUUGCAACUCUUAUACCUGCCGACAAAUGUUGUGUGUUCUUUGUGCGGGAAUCCGCUUAACCGCUGCUGUGUGUGUCUUUUUCAGAAGCUGAAUGAUGCUGAUUGGAGCUUUGACAUGUCGGACGGGCUUAUUAAAGAGGCAGCCCUCCUGGGAUACAGGCAGGAGUUUUUGGGGAUGGCUUAAUGCUGUUUUCAACAAGUAAGUGUGCUGGCCAGAACAACUAAAUCAGCUCCCACAAAGGACACUGCGAAUUGAAACCCAUUUAUCUUUUAAAGCCCUCUAGGUUGGUGGCCGUCGCUGCCUACUGUGGCAGGGAGUUCCAAAGAUUAACCACGUGCCGUGUGAAGAAGCCCUUUCUUCUGCCUGUCCUGGGUCUUCCAGCAUUUAGCUUCAUUGAAUGCCCCCGAGUUCUAGCACUGAGGGAGAAGGCGAAAAACCUUUCUCUAUCUGCUUUCCCCGUGCCAUGCAUAAUUUUGUAAACUUCCAUCGUGUGACUCCUUUCUUGCAUUUUCUCUUAACUGAAAAGCCCCAAACGCUGCAGCCUUUCCAUAGGGGAGUCCCUCCACCCCCUUAAUCAUUUUGCUCACCCUUUCCUGAAAUGUUUCUAACUCUACAAUAUCCUUUUUGAGGUGAGGCAAUCGGAACUUUGCACAGUAUUCCAAACAUUAAGAUGCCAGCAGUUUUAUUUUCAAUUCCUUGCUUAAUGAUCCCUAGAUAGGGAUGCGGGUGGUGCUGUGGUCUAAACCACUGAGCCUCUUGGGCUUGCCAAUCAGAAGGUCGGCGGUUCAAAUCCACAUGAUGGUGGUGAGCUCCCGUUGCUCUGUCCCAGCUCCUGCCAACCUAGCAGUUCAAAAGCACACCAGCGCGAGUAGAUAAAUAGGUACCACUGUGGCGGGAAGGUAAACGGCAUUUCCGUGCACUCUGGUUUCUUUCACAGUGUCCUGUUGCACCAGUAGCGGUUUAGUCCUGCUGGCCACAUGACCCGGAAAGCUGUCUGCGGACAAACACCGGCUCCCUUGGCCUGAAAGCAAGAUGAGCAUCGCAACCCCAUAGUUGCCUUUGACUGGACUUAAACAUCCAGGGGUCCUUUACCUUUAAUGAUCACUAGGCAUGGAAUGGUCUUUUUUUACGGCUGCCACACACUGAGUUGACAUAUUCAUUGAGCCGUCUACUACAAACCCCAGGUCACUUGCCAGUUCAGACCCCAAAAGCAUAUAUGUGAAAUUAUUGCUUGCCCUGGCUUGAAUCACUUUACACUUGUUUACAUUACAUAGGCCUAGCAGGGCCCAGUAACAGAAGGCAGAGCAAGUAAGGGGUCACCCAGCGCACCGUUAACCUAUGGCACUCACUUCCACAAGAGGUGCUAAUGGCCACCCAACCUGAAUGCCUUUAAAAAAGGAUUGCAAAAUAAAAACAAAACUCUCCUUAAAACUAGCUGUUCCUCCUUGUUUACAGGGUGGACUAUGAGCGGAUCCAGGCCGUGGGCCCAGACAGAGCCGCUUCGGAAUGGCUCCUUCGAUGUGGGGCACUCGUGCGUUACCAAGGCUUGGACAAAUGGCAGCAAGAUUACAACGCACUCCCUUCGGGACCAUUAGGGAAAUAUAAGAUACAGUCAAUUAAUGCCACAGAAUCUUGCAUCAUGGCCAAGGGAUUCGAUUAUUUGGGUAAGUAGCUGAAACACUAGGGACGCGGGCGGCGCUGUGGGUUAAACCACAGAGCAUAGGACUUGCCGAUCAGAAGGUUGGCGGUUCAAAUCCCCGUGACGGGGUGAGCUCCCGUUGCUCGGUCCCUGCUCCUGCCAACCUAGCAGUUCAAAAGCAUGUCAAAGUGCAAGUAGAUAAAUAGGUACCGCUCUGGUGGGAAGGUAAACAGUGUUUCCGUGCGCUGCUUUGGUUCGCCAGAAGUGGCUUAGUCAUGCUGGCCACAUGACCCGGAAGCUGUACACCGACUCCCUCAGCCAAUAAAGCGAGAUGAGCGCCGCAACCCCAGAGUCGACCACGACUGGACCUAAUGGUCAGGGGUCCCUUUACCUUUACCUUUUAGCUGAAACACUAAGAGUUUGGAUUUGAUAUCCCGCCUUUCACUCCCCUUCAGGAGUCUCAAAGCGGCUAACAAUCUCCUUUCCCUUCCUCCCCCACAACAAACACUCUGUGAGGUGAGUGGGGCUAAGAGACUUCAGAGAAGUGUGACUAGCCCAAGGUCACCCAGCAGCUGCAUGUGGAGGAGCGGAGACGUGAACCCGGUUCCCCAGAUUACGAGACUGCCGCUCUUAACCAUCACACUGGCUCUAACCAGCUUGGUCCGUCAAUAUUCCCAAUAUGCCACACACCCCUGUCCACCAGCACUCACAAAAAUUUGAAAUGUACACAACUGGUCCAAAAAGGUUGUUGAAAUCUGGUUUAGAUCAUUGCCUGCUUAUACAGGUCGCACUGAGGAACAUAGACCCAGCCCUUUCUCAGGUGGUGAAGUCUGCACAAGGAGAUUUUAUCACUUGCAUGGGCAGGCCGGUUGUGUGUUGCAAGUCCCCUCCUUGACGUUCUGCCUGUUUCAGACGGCCUGGAGCACGUGGAGGAAAUCCGGCUUUGCAAGUGCAUGUACAUCUACGAUGAGUGCUUGCAGCGGCUGAGCCAGACGCCCAGCCUGCAGAGAAGCCUCCUGCGCCUGUGGAUCAUUUCCUGCGGGAACAUCACGGACAAAGGCAUCAUUGCACUGCAUAAGCUCAGGUAUGCAAAGCCGCCAAGGGCAGCCCUGCAUUUCACACUGCAAGCGUGUUUGCUGCAUCAUGAACCCUGUUGUUCUCACAACCACCAAUGGAAAAUAUGGGUGACUUACAGGAGCUCUGCUGCAGUUAGGCUCCAAAGAUUCCUUCCUUUGGCUACCAUGAAAGGCGUUUUUCCCCAAGCCAAAUUGUUGGAGGGGACAAGGGAGACACACUUGCAGAGUAAAAAUUUGCUCCUGCUGCAUCAAUUUUUUAAAUUGGUGUUGGAAAACGCAACUAGGAUUUUCGUCAGGGCCACGUGAUGCUCUUGCUCACGUUUUGAAAAGAUGUCUAUCAAUAUUCUGCAAAUAAAAAAAAACAUUUUGGUCCUGCGCUACACUAAAAUGUUAAAAUGCUUCUUUGAUUGUCCUUGAACUUUCCCACCACCCUUGCCACCCUCUCCUGCCGCACCCUUUGAGAACCACUGACUUGGAGGUUAUGUUACAAUCAAGCAGUAUAUAAAUUUGGUUGGAUGAAAAUAAAGGGCAUCUGUGAACAGCGGGCUUAAUGUGUGCCUGUCUUCCAGUGCAGUCAGCAGCUUUUGCUAAAUUAAAUAUUUCUUCUUCUUCUUUACAGUAAUCUGGAAUAUUUGUUUUUGAGCGACCUGCCUGGGAUAAAAGAGAAGGAAGCCACUGCUCAGACCCUCAGGCAGUCAAUGCCAGGCUUGCAGCUAGAACUGGACCUGGAUUAAAGGCAUUGCCACCUCAUUGGGCCUCAUAGUCUUUU